AUGCGUCGCGCAUCCCAAGACAUGAGCGAUCCCGAUCGUAACAUUAUGGAAUCAACCGGUAUGCCAGAAGAUCCCGCAGACCUCGAUCUCAUAUCCGAGAGAGAGGAUUCCCCUUCGAAUCGAGUCCAUACUCCACCACCCCGUCUCGCAGCGAGAUUCUAUCGCCCCACCAAUAAUCGACGUAAAUCCUCGGCUGCAUCUUCGAGACGAAAUUCUAUAUCUUCAGUUCAUUCACAUGGCUCAAGUCGUCAUGCGGGGCAUGCCGCUAUGGCUGGCUCGCAGAGUAACUACAUUGCUCAGCAUCUACGCAGAGCUAGUAUACUCGAGGAUCGAAAGGCUAGGUUAGCUGAUAGAGCUGCGCAUGCGGAGAAGGUUAGAUUGAGGGCUGCAUUGGCCAAGGCAGCCCCUAGAAGUACUACCAAUACAGAAGAAAGAGCAUUGGCAGCUCAACAAGCGAGAGAAAAGAAUUUAGCUGAGAUUGUGGCGAGUUGUGCGGAAGAAGUUAAGCGGGCAAAGGGGAUUGCCGAGACGAUGAAAGAAAGGAGGGAAUUAGAGGGGAAAAAGCUAAGAAAGGAGAUGGAGGAAAAGCUUGCCGAGGCUGAAAGGAGGAGAGAAGAAAUCUUGAGUCGGAACAAUAACUCGAAACAACGAACAAGAAGUUUGAGCAGCAUGAGAAAAAGCUCGAGUCCGAGUCCAAGUCCAAGUCUAGUAGCGGAGGUCAAGAAGGCACCACUUGACGAGUCAGCGGCAGCAAAAAUAAUCCAAACUAGAUGGAGAAUUCACAGACGAUGGAAAGCACUACAUGAUUUUGCGGAAUUGGGUCUCACAAUUGAUGGAGUGCGAGAGACUUCAUUCGAGAAAGUGGUUGAUCUAUUGGCACAAGAGAAAGUCCUGGUCAGCACAGCACAUAUCUUGAGAAUCUGUGGACUCAAAGAAGGAGAAAGUGGAUCCGUCAAUGAAAUGACAGCAGUCCGAACAUUUCUCAGCGCUUUCCUUAUCCUUGGUCACCCUACCCAAGUCUUGAGUAGUAAAGGUGAUAAAGGAGAACAGGAACAGGUAGGAGCGCAACCAAUGAAAAGGGAUGAUUUGGCUAAUCCACAGUUACAGGACCUCGUUGCAAAAGCCCGAGAUCUUCUUAUUUCUUUUGAAACCGUUUUAUCCAGAUUGACGACAGCAAAUAAUUAUACCCCUCCUCCUGCUCAGCUAUCAACACUGUCGGAAGUUUAUGCAACAUUCUUCAAUGCUUUUAUUGCUUGGAAAUCAAGAGAUGCUAGUACCCUUAUUGAUAUGAUGGUUUUACAAUUUGUGGAAUUGGAUUCGAUAUGGCAAACUGUUAAAGAUAGCACGGAAGAAUCUGUAACUGAUUCAUAUCGUGAUGGGAUCAGAGAUAAUCAACUUAAGCUGAUGGUCAGAAUAAAAAGGCUCGCUGGACCUGUUCAGGGGAAGCGAUUAAUUGCGAAUGCGAUCCGAGAAGCAAGGAAGGUCAGACAAACAAAACAACCUACUGGAGAUUCAAAACCUCGUGCCGCAGAAACAGGAUCUGCAUCUCCUGCUAUUGAAGAUUUUAAUGCUUCUGAUACUGCCGUUGCAUCUCAUUUACAAACUCUCACGCCACCUGCUACACCUGUCAAGGAACGCCGUUGGCAAAGUACUGAUGCGGAUAAUUUAAGAUCGGUCAAUUCAAUACUUCCAGAUAAUCGAAUCUUAGUCCAUGAACUGGCUAUCAAUAAAGAAUAUCGCAUUUCGAUGGAAGAUUGUCUUCAACAACGAGGUGCCGUUAAUCAACUCAUCUUUGAUUCUAUGAGACAAGAAGUUGCAGCUGGAAAUAGUGAUCCUUGGGUUCUUGCUAUGGCGGAUAAUAUCAAGGGAAAACUUCAACGUCUUCUCACUCCUGGAAAUUCAAUGUACAAACUCAUUGAAGAUUCCCUUGAUACAGAUCUGGUAGCGUCAGAACUCAAGAAUGGAAGAUUUUCAUAUGAAACUUUCUUCAACUUCAUGGGCAAUAUUCUUCCUCGUUUAUGUGCCCCUUUCCGAGAUGAUGAGGUCAAAAUCCUUGUUGAGUCGACUCUCAAAGAAGGUGAUUUUGUCGAUCGUCUUCAAGCAUUGAUGCGAUUCAUUGAUUUGAUGCAGCUUGAUUAUGCCAAUUUCAUGCUUCAACAAUCAGCUCCUGAGUUAAUCAAACAUGCUUCCACAUAUGAAACUAAACGUUUCUCGGAAGAAAUGGAAGAAACCAAUAAUAACCUUACUAUCACCACAUCAGCCUGGCGGGAGGCUCGUCAAAAAGUCUAUGCCGAAGCAGCUCGUCGAGAUCCUGAGAAUGUUAAUUUGUUGAGGAAUAGACCUACGCCAGAGAAAACCUAUAUUCAGAUGCUAGCGGACAUAUGCACAUCUGCGCCGGGUAGCCCGGUGCCAGAAACAUUAAAGUUGGAUAUGGGAAGGAUUGAAACGGCUAGGAAAGACACGCUUCGUAUUGUCACUACCUCAGCUAUUCUGCUUCAGGUCAAGAAUAUCCUCAAGCGAGAUGUGAGAAGUCAAUGGAAAACUGAAGCUUCAAGAGUUUAUUCCGUACUUGAAAAUUCAAAGGAAUCAGAACAAGCAGAACAAGGUAUUACAGCCGCAUUGGAAAGUAGUAGGAGUAUGCCGAUGGCUACCAAAAACCAUAUUCGCGAAUUAGUCAAGAGAAUCGUGGCUGCGGCUGCAGCUUCAAGUUCUAAUGAGGAAUUACGUGAACCGGUUAUGAAACUCUUGAUGACUAGAUUGAGAGGUUACCUUAUUCAUAGAUUGGCAAAGGAAAAUCCAAGAAAUGAUGGGAAUGGUAAUGAAGGAAUUGCAGGAUUAGGUAUGCCAGAAUUUGUAGCGAAGAUUGGAGGAAUUGUGGAAGUUAUGGGGAAGAUGGCUCGGGUGGAUAAAGAUGCCCAUGGGAUUUGGUACGAGGUUAUUGAGAGGGCAGCUUCAGAUGAGGUUUGA